UCAUCAAGCACGGAACAGUACGAGGAAGAAAAGGGGAGAAAUUGUCGGAGGCAGCAAGGCGAGACGUCUAGCACCAUACGACUGAUCUUCUUCAGGCACUGCACGCAGCGGACAAUCCGCUGCGAUAUCUUCCGAUUCGAGCUUCUGAUUGAAGACGAAGAACAGGAUAUGCAAGGAUACGGAGAUGCCGGAGGUGAACUGGCGCAGCUCCAAUCCACUAUGCACGCCAUUGAAGCCGCCUGCUCCUCCAUUCAGAUGCAUAUAAACCCUGCAGCAGCAGAAGCAGCUAUAUUGGCACUGUCUCAGUCGCCCCAACCAUACAAGGCAUGUCAGUUUAUUCUUGAAAACUCUCAAGUGGCAAACGCAAGAUUUCAAGCUGCUGGAGCUAUAAGGGAUGCAGCUAUAAGAGAAUGGAGUUUUCUCUCUGCCGAAGAUAGAAGAAACUUAGUCAACUUUUGUAUUUGCUUUGCUUUGCAACAUGCUAAUUCACCUGAGGGUUACGUCCAAGCAAAAGUUUCAUCUGUUGCUGCUCAGUUGAUCAAAAGAGGCUGGCUUGAUUUUUCAACUGGUGAAAAGGAGCCAUUCUUUUAUCAGAUUAAUCAGGCAAUUCUUGGCACUCAUGGCUUGGAUGUGCAGUUCAUUGGAAUCAGUAUUUUGGAAUCUUUGGUAUCUGAAUUUUCUCCUUCGACUUCUAGUGCUAUGGGCCUUCCGAGGGAGUUCCAUGAACAGUGCCGCAGAUCAUUGGAGCUAGAUUAUUUAAAGGUUUUUUAUUGUUGGGCACGUGGUGCUGCUUUAAGUGUGACAAGCAAAAUCCUUGACUCUGAUUUGGCAGCACCCGAGGUCAAAGUCUGUACUGCUGCAAUGCGUCUUAUGUUACAAAUACUUACUUGGGAAUUUCAGUACAACCGCAAGGGCACCAAAAGUAUAAAUCAUUUCUCAGCUGGAGUUAGACAUGAUAAUGCAUUGACCAACAGGACGGACUGCAUCCUAGUGCAGCCUGGCUUGGCAUGGCAUGAUGUUCUGAUUUCAAGUGGUGAUACUGUUUGGUUGUCGAACCUAUAUGCUGCGCUUAGGCAGAAGUUUUCACCCCAGAGCUCUUGGAUUGACUCCCCUAUUGCAGUUUCAGCUCGGAAACUACUUGUUCAAUUCUGUUCCGUGACAGGGACAAUAUUUCCCUCAGAUAGCGGGCAAUCACAAGAGCAGUAUCUGGUGCGACUUUUAUCAGGGAUUAUCUUGUGGGUGGAGCCCUCUGAUGCCAUUUCAAAAGAGAUUGAGUCAGGAAAGAGCGGAAGUGAGAUGCUAGAUGGUUGUCGUGCUUUAUUGGCCAUGGCUACUGUAACAACUCCUGCUGCAUUUGAUCGACUCCUAAAGUCAAUAAGGCCAUAUGGGACUCUUACUCUGUUAUCCACCUUGAUGGGUGAAGUAAUUAAAGUUCUCAUCAGUCAGAACAGUGAAGAGGAAACAUGGAGCUGGGAGGCACGUGACAUCUUGCUAGAUACCUGGACGGCACUUCUCAUGCAUUCUUUACAGCCAUUACAUAUUACGGGUGGUGGAAUAUCCCUUCCACCUGAAGGGGCAGUUGCAGCAGCCAACCUCUUUGCAUUGAUUGUAGAUUCUGAGCUAAAAGCUGCUUCUGCUUCGGCGUAUAAUGAUGAUUCUGACUCAGACUACAUUCAUGCAUCCAUCUCUGCCAUGGAUGAAAGACUGAGCUCUUAUGCUUUAAUAGCUAGAGCAGCCAUUGAUGUGACAGUUCCUUUACUCACAAGGCUUUUUACAGAACGAGUUUCGCGUCUACAUCAGGGCAGGGGCAUUGUUGAUCCUACCGAAACCUUGGAAGAACUUUACUCAUUGUUGCUGAUAACAGGUCAUGUUCUUGCUGACGAAGGAGAAGGAGAAACACCCCUGGUACCAGAUGCCAUUCAAAGGAACUUUGGGGACUUUCUGGAGGCAGAUAAACAUCCGGUUGUUCUUCUCUCUGGCUCAAUUAUUAAGUUUGCUGAACACAGUCUAGAUCCAGAUCUUAGAGCGUCAUUUUUCAGCCCUCGACUAAUGGAGGCUGUUAUAUGGUUCCUUUCAAGAUGGUCCCCUACAUAUUUAAUGUCCCUGGAGGAAACCCAUGACAGAAAUGAUGAUUCUCUGCUCAGUCGGGGGCAUCAACUCCCACAAAACUCUAGGAAAACUGUAGCAAAUUAUUUCAGCGAAUACAGCUACGGGAAGUUUGUACUGGGCACUAUUGUUCGUGUAUCCAUAAUUACAUUCACAUCAUAUCCCGGAGAAAAUUAUUUGCAGGGUAUGACAUGUUACCAGCUACUUCAUGCACUAGUUCGGCAGAAAAACAUUUGUGUCCACCUUGUGGCAUUGGAGUCGUGGCGUGAGCUUGCUAAUGCUUUUGCUCAUGAAAAGAUGUUAUUCAUGUUGAAUGCUUCUCAUCAGAGAUCCCUAGCUCAGACACUUGUUCUUUCCGCUUCUGGCUUGGGAAACUCAGAGGCAGCAAAUCAGUAUGUGAAGGAUCUCAUGGGUCAUAUGACAAAGUACCUGGUGGAAUUAUCUAGCAGGAAUGACAUUAGAAGCAUUUCUCAACAGCCUGAUAUCAUCUUAUCGAUCACCUGCUCAUUGGAGCGUCUUCGUGGAGCUGCUCGUGCCUCGGAACCUCGAAUGCAAAAAUCAAUUUACGAAAUGGGACUGUCUGUACUAAAUGCUAUUCUUGUUCUUCUUGAAGUUUACAAACAUGAGUCUUCUGUUGUUUAUGUGCUCCUGAAGUUUGUGGUUGCCUGGGUGGAUGCCCAAAUUACAUACCUAGAGGCCAAGGAAACUGCAGCUGUUGUUGAUUUCUGCAUGCGCUUGCUUCAGCUUUACUCUUCUCACAACAUUGGCAAGAUAUCAUUAAGUCUUUCAAACAGCUUACUUAGCGAUGCAAAGACAGAGAAGUAUAAAGAUUUACGAGCUCUUCUUCAACUGCUCUCUGCUCUCUGUUUAAAAGAUCUGGUUGACUUGUCAUCAGAUCCAGUCGAAUCUGAAGGAACAAAUAUAUCUCAGGUUGUUUUCUUCGGUCUUCACAUAGUUACUCCUCUGAUAUCGUUAGAGCUACUGAAGUAUCCCAAACUUUGUCAUGACUACUUCUCCCUGUUGUCACAUAUGCUGGAGGUUUAUCCUGAAAUGGUUGGUCAGCUAAACAAUGAUGCAUUUUCUCAUGUUGUUGAGACACUUAGUUUCGGUCUUCAUCAUCAGGACUCGGAAGUGGUUAAUAUGUGCCUAAAAGCUCUUCGAGCACUUGCUUCCUACCACUGCAAGGAAACAGCUGCUGGAAAAGUAGGUUUGGGUUCACGUGCUUCAGAUCCAAGGAAUCCGAGUGGAGGAACAGAAAAUCGCAUCUUCAGUCGAUUCCUUCAGUCCUUGCUGCAAUUACUUCUAUUUGGGGAUUAUAGUCCUGAUUUGGUGGGAGCUGCUGCAGAUGCUCUCUUUCCCAUGAUCCUCUGCGAGCAAAGCUUGUACCAGAAAUUGGGCAACGAGUUGAUAGAAAGACAGGCAAACCCGGAAUUCCGGCUGAGGCUUACAAAUGCAUUCCAGGCUCUCACAAGUUUGAAUCAGCUCACUUGCACGCUUGAUCGCAUGAACUACCAGAGAUUUAGGAAGAACCUCUCCAACUUCCUGAUUGAAGUCCGUGGAUUUUUGCGGACCAAGUGAUUUCUCAGCAGCAGUUUUGUUGAACAGUAGAAAUUUUACGCCGGGCAUUUUUGCCAGAAUUGCGGUGAAAGCCCGUCUGUGAGGGCAUUGAAAAUGUCUCCUCUUCAGAAGCAUCCUCAGUCAUACAUAGUGGAGACUCAACAGGGACGGGACUUCCCUUGAUGCAUGAUCAGAGUAACGCAGGAUCAUGGCUGGUUCUGUUUGUGGCCGCAUGUCAACUAAGUCCAGCAGUGUGCACUCACAUGAAUCGAUUGGACUAGGGGAUGCAGUUAGUCACAUGUAUUUCCAUACAUACAUUCGGGUUUCAGAUUUCAUUACUGCUCUCACCUUGUCAGUUCAGGCUGAGUUUUGUUUGAUGUAAGACCGCAUUAGAAAGAUUGAUCAGAGAGAGUGUGAAGUUGUAUCCAGUGAUGUUUUAUGACGGUCGAAUGAUGGGAUCAUAUGGAUUGAGAGGCCCGGUUUUGAUUCCCCGAUCAGCCAAUAAAAAUUCAUUCCGAU